ACACAGAUGGCGUUCAGUUCGCUUUACAACGUUGGAUGAUGCACUCGUGAGUUGAGGAUAAAUAGUGUUUCGUGUGUUUAUCCGAACCGAAUAGUGGAAAUAGUGAAGUGGAGUCUUCAUCAUUCAACACCGCGAUUUGAUCAUUCAUUGCGCAUGCGAUUUCAUUGUUGAACGGUUGUUUACUAGUUUUUACGCGACAAUAUUUUUGGUUUUAAAACAUGAUUUCGCAUAGUUAGUGUUAAAAAUAACACACGUGCAUUCCGAUCGUAACUUUAGUAACAAGUGUGAUUAAAUAAUCCAUCAAAAUGAGUGCGAAAAACACAAGCGAUUUUACCAAGAUUGUGGAGGACGACAACAUCGAUUCUGGUAUUGUGUCGGGACCUUUGGACUUGUAUUCUGGUGAAGUGGAAUCGGAGCCCGAAACCGAGAGUGUGGAAAAGAAAGUGUUGUGUGAUAGUGCAGAGCAGGCCGAUAGCGAGCUCGACAGUGGUAUACUGUGUCAUGUAACGGAGAGCCUGUCGAACGUACAGCUAAGUGACAGCACGAGCGUCGAGCCCAAGUUUGUCUGUAGGCUGUCGCCGCCGUCACAAACAGACCUCCCGCCUCUCGAGAUAUUCUUCCAGCAGGACAGCGAUGGCGACACACAAUUGCACAUAGCAACAGUACACGGCUGCAAGAAGUCAGUGGGUACAUUGAUCAGGGUGUGUCCAAACAAGGCUCUGUUGGACGUCGCCAACGACGACGGGCACACACCGCUGCACCUGGCCGUAAUGGGCGGGAACGCGGUCGUCACCAGGAUGCUGGUGCACGCGGGGCUGUCGCUCGGCGCGCGCGACCGGACAGGAGAGACGCCCCUGCACAAAGCUACAGCAAAAGGACAUAUCGAGUGCUUACAAGCGCUGCUCGCGCCUGUACCAGAAAAUCCACCUAGGAAGCUAGCUUCAGUACUGAACCAAAAGAAUUAUAAUGGACAAGCGUGCGUGCACCUAGCAGCGUCAGCAGGUCACCAAGAAGCUCUCCAGACGUUAGUCUACUACGGAGCCGACAUUAAUGCCGUGGAGAACCUAGCGGGCUGGACGGCGCUGCACAUCGCGGCGCGGCGCGGCGACGCGCGGCUGGCGGCGUGGCUGGCGGCGCGCUGCGCGGGCGUGCAGGCGCGCGCGCGGGACUACGCGGGCCGCACGCCGCGCCGCCUCGCGCGCCGCACGCCCGCCGCCCGCGCCUUCGCCAACCUCUCCGACGACAGCGACUCCGACAGCGACGACGAUGACGAUAUGUACGACAGCGACAGCGAGAGCCUGUUCGAGAGGCUGCGCGAGAGCAUGUCCCCCGCCAACGUGAAGGGCUGCUGCUAGGAGCGCCGCGCCGCCGCCGCCGCACACACCACUAGUAUCGAUAAGCAAGUCGCCACUCUGCGCUGAUGCAGCAACACCCUACCAUACUUACACUCGAACACAAACAACAAAUCAUAAAUGUUUGAUAACAUUUUAUAGUGAUGUUAGUGCAAAUGAAAUAGAUCUGACAUUAAUUUGCUUGCUGUCGAUAUAAUGCAGCUUAGACUGUUUAAAGCUAAACUUUAAACGAGGUUCCUAUUUGCGAUACGUACUUCUGAUGGAUGACACGUAGGUCUUCUUAUUUUAGACGAGACAGUUACUGUAGUUAAUCUGGCCGUAAUUGUUCCUACAAUUAUUCGGUACACGCUUAUCAAUGUAUGUAACUGUCGAUGUGGAGGACGCCAACAUGUAUAAACAAUUAAUAAUGUAGAAAGGAAUAUAGUAUUCGUUUGUUGUAUUCCAAACUUGUCUUAGUAUUCGUGUCAGAUUACUGACAGGAAUAGCUCAAGUUUUAUUUUAGACAGUCUAAGCCUAGUUUUACGAAGAUUUAAUCUUCACUUCUCAUUUGUAAAUAUAACUGAGAGGAGGAGAAGAAAUAUUGUUGAAACGGAAAACGCGGUCCACCGCACGCACGGCUGGGAACUUUCCGGGAACUAUUGUAAUCACGGAAUUAUACGGAUUUGCCCUCUAUUUGUUUCACGGGACGAAUUUAUUGAUGUAUUGAAAUUUAUAGAGUAUACAUAACGCUGAGGAAUAACCCAACACUGCGUACGAUGAAUCAUUGAUUAGUUAUAAGUAUUGUAAGACUCAUGUACAGUUGCGGAAAGAAUGUUAAGUUUAGAAAAUUAUUUAAAUAGUUAAUGUCUGUAAAAAUUGUUAAUUGUAUAUUUAUUUUAGUGUCAAAUAAAUGUUGUUUACGAUAUAUAUUUUGGUAUUUCAUUGUCAUACACCUACUGAUGUUCUUUCCGCGACUGAACAUGUACCAGCAAUAUUGAUGAAAUUAUUCUAUCCCGUAUGAGACACGCUACUCGAAAUGGAUGAUUUGAUGAAUAUUGCAGUUUUGAAAGAAGUGAAGCUGGAAAAUUCAGUUUCUAAGGUUUUAUUAAAUGUUAACAACAAGCCCACAAUAUAUUUAGAAAAAUUAAGCGACCUAAUCGCAUUUAAACUAAAUUGGGUGGAAUUAACGGUUAUGUCAGAACCUUGUGCCUUCUGGGUGAAAAUGUCUUCCUUUGGAUCAUAUGAAGUUACAAAGCAGCUGGUCCAUAGGGCUGGAUCAAUAAAUUAUUCUUAUCUA